CUCUCCUUAUAUAUACCCACACACACGCACUCAUACACAUAUACAUAUAUAAACAUUUACAUAUAGAAAUAUAUACAAACCCAUUUGAUCUAUAGUAAAUACAUAAUUUAUUUGGUGAAGCUUGAAGAAUGGGUGCAUUAGAUUAUAUAUCUAGCUUUUGUUCAUAUACAUACUCUAAUGCUAAAACCAAGCGUAAGCCAUUGCAGACAGUGGAAAUCAAGGUCAAAAUGGACUGUGACGGCUGUGAAAGAAGAGUUAGAAACGUGGUUCGUCGCAUGAAAGGCGUGAAAUCGGUGGAGGUGAACCGGAAACAGAGCCGGAUAACGGUGAACGGGCACGUGGAUCCAAACAAGGUGUUGAAGAGAGUGAAGAGCACAGGGAAGAAGGCAGAGUUUUGGCCUUACAUACCUCAGCAUAUGGUCUAUUACCCUUUCGCGCCUGGCAUGUACGACAAACGCGCUCCCACAGGCCACAUCCGUAACCCCACACAAGCGUUUCCAGCCGCAAACUCAGCUGGUGAAAACUACGUUUCCCUCUUCAGCGACGACAACGUCCACGCCGCUUGUUCCAUCAUGUGAAAUAUGUAAGAAACAGAAUAUAUAUAAAUAUAAUCUCUAUAUUUCUUCUGAGUACGUAUAAUACAAUUUUACUUUUGCCACUAGUCUCAUAAUACAAAAAGGUCACGUGGAAACUAUGUAAUAAAUUAUACAGACAAUAUUUUCACAUUUGGACCUAAGAUAAUCUAUGUUCACUUUUGUGUGUUUAGAA